GGGGGGGGGGGGGGGUUCCAAUAAUCGUAUACUAGGAAAUUACCAAAUAUACAUCCCUGCUAGCACUAACAUUUUUACUAACACAUAUAUACAAUUAAGUUUUGACCUUCCAUCUGUGCCAUUUUGUUAGUCGAAAUUUUUAGAUUACAUUUUACACAAAAAAAAAUUUAAAUAUUUUCACGACGUUUUUUGGUUUUUUAUUCUUAUCUAGUAUUUAUAGGAAAAGUUUAGAGGAAAAUAUAAUAAAUUUUAAUACUUGGUAACAUAAUUUGAACAGAAAUAAUAACUGAAAUGUGGAUUUAUGGCAUUAAGCAUAUUUCCCACCGCAAUUAAGCUAAUUAACAUGAUAGUUAAAGUUAAGUUUAAAAAUAUCUAAUUUUUCAGACACAUUUUAGUAUCUUAAUUAAUGAGAUGAACUUGGGGUAGAGAGGCAGUGGAGUUGAAAUCACCAGCGGCGUGGGCGCUUUUUAGACAAGAUUUAGGUUGAUCGGAAGAGACGAGAGAAGACAACAUGCUGAACCUGUUCUCAUUGAAGCAGGAGAAGAAGGACGAGGCCGCAGGCGGAGGCCGAACCUCGAACAAGAAGAAGGCUAGUGCUGCUCAGCUCAGGAUUACUAAGGAUAUAAAUGAACUGGAACUGCCUAAGACCUGUAAAACAGAGUUCCCUGACCCCAACGAUCUACUCAACUUCAAGGUGAAAAUAUUCCCCGACGAAGGAUUCUACCGGCAGGGUCAGUUCUCCUUCAACUUCAAGAUUGGAGAUCAAUAUCCACAUGAACCACCUAAGGUUAAAUGUGAGCACAAGAUCUACCAUCCUAAUAUAGAUCUUGAGGGAAACGUUUGUUUGAAUAUUCUCCGCGAGGAUUGGAAACCUGUUCUCACAAUCAACUCAAUUGUGUACGGUCUUCAAUACUUGUUUCUCGAGCCUAAUCCCGAGGAUCCACUAAACAAGGAGGCCGCCAUUGAGCUUCAAUCGAACCGUCGUCUGUUCGAGCAGAACGUGCAGAAAACUAUGAAGGGAGGCAGCCUUAACGGAGUCUACUUUGAUCGUUGUAUUCGAUCAUAAACAAAGAUUUCAGACAUGUGUUCCGUCAAAUCCCCACCCACUCACCUACACUCCCACAUUGUUUAACCAUGUCAUUUCAGAUUUCUAACAUCCUACAACCAACCUAAUCCUCAUCGGUUUCUCCUCUCCGUACUCUAUCCAUAUUCCAUAUUCCAUAACUAGUCCAAACACUGUUUUAUUCAAAACUCUUCUUUCGCCAGAUAAGUCAUUCACUUGACCGUUAUUCUUUAAUCCCACACUCAACCCUCACUCUACCUCAACAUCUACACUUUUAUUCACCCCGCUACUCAUAACACCCCGACAUAAAAGCCCCGCCACUCUGAACCUCCCGACAUAUAUAGCCCCACCACUCUACAAACCCCGCCAAAUCGCUUACUCUGCCACUUCCACAGUUCCUUUCUGCGCCACUUCCACAGUUCUUUUCACCGCCACUUCCACAGUUUCUUUCUCCGCCACUUCCACAAUUCCUUUCACCACCACUUCCACAGUUCCUUUCUCAGCCACAUUUCACAGUUCCUUUCUCCGCUGCUCCUUCAACUUUAUAUUAUAAAAACAUUUAAACUUCUGCAAUAAAUGUAAGUUUCAUCUAAA